GUUGCUUCCAAUCACGUGGUCGGUUGCCCUUGUUGUUCGGUCGCCAUUCUUCGCUACAAAUACUCGCAGCGAAACCAUCUCUCUCCAAAUCGUUUGCUGAUUCCGAAAUGGCUAGAAUCGCCGUUACCGUUUCCGUUAUCUUCUUCUUGUUCGUUUUCGCUCAGGCCUAUAAGCCGACGGAAGACUUCCUCAGAUCUGAUUCCUGGGUUUUGACAGAAUCUGAUCCAGAGGGGGCGGCGGCCUCAAGAACGAUCCUCCUUCCCAGUGAGAAGCCGAAGGGCAAGAUCGUAUCCAACUUUGAGUGGAAGGCCGACGUCAACAGCGAAAGACUACCUGAUAGUGAAGUCACCAUCGGAAAAUUGCCUGAGAAUGAAGUCAAAGAGGCGAUCACGCCGGAACUUGAAUCCGAAAUCGACGGAGCGAAACUUCCGGAACCUGAGGUCUUCGAGCCUGCGGAGGAGUCAGUAUCAAACGUCGAAUCCGUGCCGCUGACGGUUGUCACCUUCCGGCCGAUCAACCGCCACUUUCAACGCAUGCACGACAGGCGCCCCUUCCCCUUCCGCAUGCCACACCGGUGCCGCCACCACUUCAAGCCGAUUGGACCGAGGUUCCUCCACCGCGAGAUCCCCUUCGGCAACGACAUGAUCAUGGCCAGAGACGACGACGCCCCCACCAACAUCGGGCCUGUCUUCCGAGGCGGCAGACUACGUCACCACCCGGCGCGGUGGGUGAAGCUACACCACAGAGGCCCAAAGAUCCCGCUGGGGCACGAAGGGUUGAGCAGAGACGAUUUCAAGACGACAUACCCCCACGUGGAAGGAGAGGAUAUGGAGAGAGGACCUGGCGAGAAAGAGCAGGGCGGUCUCUUUAAGGGCUUCCGCAAGUUCUUGAACGGCUUCUGAUUUGGCUUCUCGUAAUGGUUAUUAGUGAUAGUACGCCUGUUUAUGUUCUCUUUUUGUUUGUAUGGACCAUGGAGAUGGUAUAUACUCGUUUUGAUUUCUACGUUAGGCAUAUAAUCUUGCAUCCAUGAGAGAUGUAGAUGUGAUAUAUAUAUAUAUAUAUAUAGAUCUUAUGUGUAUGUUUUUAUACAAUAAACACGAUCGGAUUUGCCUUAUA